AUUGUCUGUAAACUUCGAGUCAUUAAUUAAUUGCAACGAAAUUAAAGACGUCGAUUGUUUAAAGUCAUUGACCUAGAUUUUGAAAUAAUCAUGGUCAAGAUCAAGGUAAGAAUUGGUGGCGAGGUAAAUAUGCUUGGAAAUAAAUAACUGGAGAGUAUAAAGAAGAGAGGAGAGUGGAGAGGCAUCAACAAUCGCAUGAGAACCACGUCAGGUUUAUGAUCCCGUUAUUCUUCAGGUAUAACGUAAAACUGUGACGUGGGUCUACAGUCUACAGGCAGCAACGUGGACACGAGUCAUACAAGUAAUUGCCUGAGUUUUAGUUUGAGUGAAAAUUUAAAAUGGAACUGACGAACAAUAGAAAGGAACAGAAGCCGAAGGCAAAUGGAACCGCUCCGGUAAUCGCGGAUAGAAAAUUAAAGUCCAAGUACUGGGCUUAUUUCUGGUGGGUGUUUGGCGGGAUAUUUGGAGCACAUCAUCUUUACCUUGGAAGAGAUGCGCAUGCUUUCAUAUGGUUUUCAACUUUAGGAGGAUACUUCGGUAUCGGGUGGCUCAGGGAUUUGUUUAAAAUUUCUACGUACGUCGAUGACGCUAAUGAUCAUCCUCAUUUCGUCGAACAGUUUAAGCUGUCAGUGAGACACCACAAGAAGCCAACGUUUUCAACAGUAAGAUUUAUCGGCGCACUUAUAGUUGGAUACUUAUGGGGUUUAUUAUUAUGGAUGGCAAUACCUCAAGACGAAAUAUACGGAUUAAAUUUACGUCAUCUCAUGAUCUUGGUACCGCUAGCAGUUGCUCUAGGUGUAUGGGUAAUAGGAAACAUUGGCCGAGAGCAAGGAUCUCUAUGGCCUACGUUGGUGUGCUCGUAUUUGAUGUACCCGACCCUUUAUUACAUCGGGGAUGACAGCACCUGGUUGAGUCUGAUGGUUGUCGUGGACGCCCUGGUGUUCGACACCUUCAGCAAGGAAUGGAGACUCAAGCCACGGGAAAAAAAAUCAGCUGCCAAGCGGUUCCUCGGGUUAGCUCUCGCUGUUAUUCUCUACCUCGCUCUGUGGACGAGUUACUUCUACUUCAAUGCCGUUGUCACUGACAGUGACGGAGAGGAAAUAAAAUUAUCUGAAGCUGUCAAACAUUUCUUUACCUCGCCCAUGUGGCUGGACUUGAAAACGACGUUAUGGACAACGUGGGAGCAAAUAAAAAAUCAGGGAUUCUGGGCCACGUGGCAGCAAUUAAUAGACAUGUCAGAUUUACGCGGGGAAAUGAAUGCAUACAAAGUCCUCGGUUUAUCUCAAACAGCAUCAGAGAGUGAGAUCACAACUAAAUGGCGCAUGUUAUCCAAAGAACAUCAUCCUGACAAAGUAAAAGGUUCGGAUGAAGAGCGUAAAGCUGCGCAGGACAGAUUUAUGGAGAUCCAACAGGCGUACGAAAUUUUAUCGAGCAAAAAAAAUCGACGACAACGUAAAAAUCGUCGCAAUGGAUGAUUUUAA